AUGUCUACUGAUUGGUCGAAGCUUCCAUACGACCUGUUGGUUCUCAUAGCUAGACGUUUUAACCUGAUUGAAAACUACCUAAAUUUCGGCAUUGUUUGCAAACCGUGGCACUCUGUAACUACCAAGGAUAAUUUCAACGAUGACCUGCCUAGAAUUCCAUGGCUUAUGUUAGCCGAAGACGGAACUUGCUCAUGUCGAAAAUUCUUCAGUCUCUAUAAUGGCAUGAUUUUGAAGAAGAAGAUUCCAAAGGCUAGCGGAAAACGUUGUAUGGAGUCUAUGGGUUGGCUUAUCACAGUCGGAAAAGAUGAGGGUGAAAUUAGUCUGCUACAUCCCUUCUCUGGUGUUGAGAUUGAAUUGCCCCAUCCAAAUACCAUGGAAAAUUAUGAGCAUGACCGGACAGCAGAGUUGUGGACGUUUUUUAGCAAAGCAGUUCUAUCAGCUAGUCCUUCUCAUACAUCCGACUAUGUUCUUAUGGUUAUGGUCCCUGAGGGACUCAGUAAUAACCUCAGUUUUUGGAGACCAGGAGAUUUGAGAUGGAACAGGAUUAUCUGGGAUGAACCUGAACAUGUUGACGUGACAUAUUUUAAUGGGCACUUUUAUUCCGUGGGUUAUUGGGGUCGUGUCCUAGUUCAUGAUGUUGCUAGCUCUCAACCCACUAGAAAUGUCAUAGCGCAGUUAGAAGAUACUAUAGGCCGCGAAAACCAUUUAUACAUCCUAGAAUCACUAGGAUCAUUAUUUGUAGUUGCACGAUAUGGUGUCGUCGAAUUAAGGGAGGACCACAAGUUAGGGUUAUCACUGGACGACAUCCGAUUUGAAGAUAACUAUAUAUAUAUGACUAUAAGUUUUCGAGUUUUCCAGGUUGAUUUAGCUGGUGGCAAAGUGACGGAAACCAGGGAAUUAGGGGACAGAGCAUUUUUUGUUGGUCAUAGUGCUUCUCUAUCGGUCCAAGCUUCUCAAUUUCCAGGAAUCAAGUCCAAUCAUAUCUAUUUUACCGACGAUUAUUGGAAAAUAUACCUGAACUGUGAAGAGGGAGGGGGCUCGGACAUGGGGGUGUUCAGCUUAGCAGAUGGCAGUUUUCAGCCUCAUUACGAGGGUCGUUCCAUGAGUUGUGUUUGUCCUCCAAUUUGGGUCACACCAACUCUAUAUUGA